CACCGCCAUCAUCACCGUCACCAUCGUCAUCGUUAUCAAGACGUCGUCCAUGGCCUCGAUCACCGCCCCAGUCGCCUACCUCCCAUGCUCCUCCUCCUCCUCCUCUUGUUCUGUCACACAGUGGUGGUGCGCUGUUUGUGCUGGAUACUACGGUCCCUUCGGCUGCUCUGGAACCGACGGCUCGGCUGCAGAGCUCGCGGGCAGAGGUCCUGACCGAUUCGGCAACGGCAGAGAUGAUGGCGGAUUGUCUAACACUACUGGCCAAGGGCCAGGCGGUAGCCAAGCGAUUGCGGGCUCUGCGCUUGGUUGUGCGCGUGCUGGCGCUGUAUGUCUUGCCAAAGUGGCCGCUGGUUUGGGAUGCAGUCGACGAUCUGGCAGAGGCUGAUGAUACCGGGGUGAGGCACGCAGUGUACUCCCUGCUCGACACCGCCAUCGCGUACCAGAGCCUGACAGUUGCCCACGCCCGGGCGCUCACCGUACAUAUCACCGACGCGCUCCAGUCGCGGGAUCCGGAGCUUAUGCUUGCACUCCUCGUCCGCCUCCUCCACGACGGCAAGGCGCUCCCGCUGUAUGCGCCGGAUCUGGUCGACUCGUUUGUCGAAUGGAUGCGAGCGUGGUCGCGCGAGCCGGCAACCCAUGUCCAGUCGCUGACUCGGCUUGUCAAGAUCUUGUACCUGGCCCUCUCUACCUCGGCGCACGUGAUCGACAAGGCCCACCUGCGAACGCUGGUCCAGUGUGUGGUGGGCCUCGCGACACGGACCUCAUUUGACGCCCUCGCCCACGCAUGUCUUGUGUGUCUCGACCCGGCCGUGACUGUCGCUUGUGUCAUCGAUGGCGCACCAGGCCUGCGGACGCCGGUUGUGGUGGCACUGGCGCGGCUUGUAGCGCUCCCCGACUACACUGUGGUGGCGUUUCGGCUCCUAGUUGAGGUCAUGCAUCGCGAGGGGAACACGGGUGUGAUGGCGUCGCUGCUGGCCAUUAUUGACAAGGCGUCGAACCCGCUGCGGGUCAUCGAGGUCCUCCGCGGAACGGUCUUCUUUGCCACGCGGCUUGCGCUGGACCCGCCGGACGACGCACCGCCGCAGCCGCUUGGCCCGCUGCUGGCGGCGCUGAUCCGGCUGGCGCGGCGGACGCUACGGCGUCACCUUGCCGCACCGCUCUCGCCGGCCGACCUCGCUGUCUCGCAUCCGCUCCUCACCGAGAUUGCACUCGCCCUGCUUCGCAUCAUCGAGGCCGAAGUCGGCCGCGCCGAGCACUUUGACAGCGUGCUCGAGCUUGUUGUUGUUCUCUCGUGGUUUGCCGAGCUCUACGACUCGCCGCAGACGUUUUCGGUCUCGCUCCUCCUUCGCAACCUGCCAACCAGCGGCGGCGACGAGUCGCGGCUGCGAAUGAUGCUCUCCGACUCGGGUGAGUCGGGCGACCCGCUCCUCUCGCCAACCUCCGAGUACGAACCGGGGUCAGGCCAGACAUCGCCCAGCGCGUCACGGCCGCAGGCGCGAACCUCGCUCUCGUCGCGGUCGAUGACGCUCUCGUCGCCCGAGCUCUCGCAGGCAGCGACGCCGUCGUUCUCGACCCCGGUCUCGCCGCUCUCGCACGCUAACUCGCGGUCGCGGUUCUCGGCGUCAUCAACCCGCAAGAUCUCCUCCGAGCUCGCGUCGCCGCCGCCGCAGGCUGCCCCGGGCUUUGCCGCCAACUUUAAGGCCAUUCUUGGCGCUCUGGAGAACAUCCUGCUCUCAGCCUACUCGAACCCGUUUACCUCGUGCGAGUCGUCCGCCUCGGCCGUCGGCGGCUCGGCCCGCCACCCACCGCAGCUCCUCCUACUGCUGCUAAUGCAGUACAAGGCCGUGCUGAGCGUCCGCGGCGGCGUUGCGCUCGCCGACCACCUCAUUGCCCGCCUCUCGCCACUCGUCCCGGACUGGCUUGUCUCGGCGCGGGCGUUUGCGCUCGGCUUCCUGGUCCACGAGUCGCGUCCGGCGGUAGUGCUGCGUGCGCUCCGCGGCGUCGGUGAGCUCUACGACGCGUUUCGCCACGGCUACGGCGAGGCACUGCUUGUUCGUGCCUUGCUGCCGGCAUUUGAGGCGCUUGAGGCCGUGCCUGAAGAUUCGGCGCUUAUCAGCGAACUGUAUGGCCUUCUCGGGCGGCUUGCCGAGGAUGCCGUCGGCGACGUCUUCCACAGCCUCGUGAGAGUCCUGGUCACGCCGCUAGUGAGUAGUCGCAAAGCCACGCCGAGCCACGCCUCGCUGCAGGGCUCAAGCGCAGCGCUGGCCAGCCUCAACGCGCUCGUGUAUCUCCUCGAAUUCAAGCUCGCGCGGCUGCCAGUCGAUCAUGUCCGCCUCGUGUACGGCUGCUUGCUCCGACUGCUGGCCAAGGCGUCUGCGCUUGGCCUUGACCUCUCGGCGCGGUCAGUGCUCAUGCAGGCCGUUCUGCGCAUCUCGGCCGACGACGGGUACCAGAUUACGUGGCGCGACCAGGCCACGGUCUUCCUCACCUGCUCUUCGGACAAGGCGCGGCGGUACGCGCUGGGCCUCCUCGACCUCACGCCGCUUCUCCACGCGCUGCUAGACUUUUUGGUGGCCGAGCCAAAGAUCGAGCUUUUCUCGGCUGCGCUCUCGGGACUCGAGGGACUCGUCUCCAACUCGGCUGUCAUGGGCUGUGUCGACGUUCACUCAGUUUUGGCACGGGUAUGUGCCCUCCUCGGCGGCAGCCAGUUUGCGGCGUCGGUCGAUGGCGUGCCGGCCGCCGACGACAACACGCUGCGGACUGCCGGCCUCUCACUCCUCGCCAAGCUCCUUGCCCUCGCCACCGCCCGUCCAGGCUACCUCGGGUCGGUGGCGGUGCCGCCGGCAGUGACGCCCGAUGCCGAUGCCCUCAACGCCCGAGUCGAUGCCCUCUUUGUCCGCUUGUGGCCCGAGGCCGUCUCGAUCCGAGGCAGCAGCGAGCGCGGGUCGAGCCACGACGAAGGCAGUGCUGCGCUCGGCGACCGCAUUCUCUUUGCGCUUCACGUUGGCCUUAGCUCGAGCUCGAUGGCUGUGGUACAUGCGGCUCUGCGGGCGCUGCGGGCGCUCAUGAACUGUGGGCGGUGGCGGAGCCAGCUCCUCCGCCAUGUGCCGAGUCUGGUGAGCGCGACGACAAGCAUGGCGAGCGCGCGGUCGGCGGCCCACGUCACCGCGCUCCUUAAUGAGCUCUUCCCGUUUGCGCGGCGGCCGAAGAGCCGGAGCAGCAAAGAGACGGCGCGGGUGGUCGACUCGCCGCGGCGGCUUGUUCCGUUCCUGCGGUUUGUGCUCCGGCUCUGUCGGGUCGACGGCGUCUGUGCCGGGCUUGGUGAAGUCGAGCUCGACUGUCUCUUCCACUUUAUACUCUCGGCCUUUGCGCUCACGCUAACCUCGUCCGACAUCAUUGACUCGGGCUCGCCGCCGCUUCUUCUCUCGCUCUGUGUCCGUGCGGUUCUUGAAGUGGCCGCGGUGGUGCCUGCCACGCUGCGACCGGGCGUCCACGCCCGGAUUUGUGCCGCCGUGUGGCGCGUCUUUGACGCGUCGGCUGUGGCCGAGACCCGCCCACUGCUUGCACGCCACGCGCGGAUGCUACUGUGGACCGCCGAUGCGCUCCUGCCGUCGAUGCUGUAUGCCGGCUCAUUGGUUGGGCGCGACGAGAGCGAGCACGCGCUCGGCACGGUCGACGUCCCGCGGUUUGUAGCCAUAUGGGCCCAGCGUGGUGCCGGCGGCGCCAUUUACACCAUCGAGCGACCGGAUCCGGCGUCGCCGUGGUCGGUGCUUGCCGUCCGCUCGGGUGCUGGCCGCCUCGAGUGGCAGCACGCCAUCGAGAACGAGGUGCUCGUGCCCGGCUUUGUGGCGCCGCCAGCGCCGCCAGGCCUCGCCGCACUGGUUCGCUACCCGUUCCGGGCUGGCGAGGCGCCGAGCGGGCGGGUGGUCAAGAACGUCCGCUCCCGCCGCCGGGCCGUGUUUGGUCGCCGCGGCUCGAGCCAGAGCACCCGCGCGGCAGCAGUCGUCGCCGCCCCACCGUGGAUGGGCCCAGCGGCUCGGGGCUCUGGUUCUGUGCCGCGCUCGCUGAGCUCGGGCUCAUCGUCAGGCGGUGCACGCAGCUCGAGCGCAGGCGCAGGCGUCGGUGGCAUCGAGAGCAUGCUCGCCCGCGACCCGCGCUGGUCCGACGCCUACAUCCAUCCGCCGACCGACCCGGGCUCGCCGCGAGCCGGCUUGCCAACGCUGGAGCCGACGGCGAGCAGCCGCAGUAGCAGCAGCCAGCCGCAGGCUGGCGGUCUCGAAGAUGCCGGCCUCCUCGAGCACCUGGCGACCGAGGAGGCGCUUCCACGGGCGAGGCUGGGCAACUCGAGGGACGGCGAAGCCCGUCCGCGGAAGCGCAUGUCGGCGUCUAGAUCGAUGGACGCCAUUGCCGCGGCGGCGCGCGGUGUGGUGAGCAGCUCGGAGGCGCUCGCUGCAGCAGUAUCUGUGUCCGCGGCUGCGAACGAGUCGAGUGGCGACGAGCGAGCGAGCCUUGUGGACGACGGCGAGCUGGCACCGUACCCUGCCAAGGUGUCGGCAGAGGAGGCGAUGGAGCCGAUGCCGUCAAUGCGCGGUGGUGGACGGGCGGCGACUGACGCGUCAAUGAUGAUGGCGCACCUGGUACCGGCACCGUUCUCGUUUGAGAGUGGGUCGGUCGGAGGGCACGGCUCGAACGAGUGGCUGGUAGUCAAGGAUGAUGUAAGCCGGCAGGCGGUGUACGCAGCGCUUGGAGAGCUCGACAGCCUGCCGACGGCGUUCUCUGUCCACGAAAUUGACGUGGCGUUUGUGGACGCGUCGGCGCACGAGCUCGCCGGUGAGGAUCUCCUUGCAAGCAGCCUGUUUGCCGACGGCCUGGCGUUUGUGGAGCGGACCGGGGCGCUGGAGGGCAAGUGGCAGUGGGCCUCGCCGGUCUCGCGCAUCAAGAUGCGACUCCGUGGCUUGCACAAGGGCUUGCGGCGUGAUGAGAGCCUUGUCUCGGUUGUCUUUUGCGCGUCCGAGGCCGUGGCGCCGUCGUCGGCCUGCGUUCGCAUCGUCAUCCAGCCGCGCGGCGAAGGCCUUUACACGGUUCGGCUCCACGUCCGGCCGGGCAUGUAUGCGCGCUCGCCGCUGUGGCAAGACGUGCCGAGUAGCGAGCUGGUCGCGGGGCCGGUCCUCGCGCAGCACGUCAUGGAUCUGGCUGUCCUCUGCGAUGACAUGAUCCAGGCCCAGGUCCGUGGCUACGAUCACAUGCCCAACGCUGGCGCAAGAGUGGCCAAGGUUCAGGCUGUCCUCGACUCGGUCUUUGUGCGCGAGCGCGAGCCGACCGAGGCCUUCCAUGUCGUUCCCGUCGACGGCGACGAGCGCGAUGUCCAGGUCAUUCGCCCCACGUUGGCAUAG